AUGAACCCAUCUCCAAAAGCCGCGGCGGCCUCGCCACCUCCCUCUGCUCUGCGCAUCUUUAGCAAACACCCCCGCCUAACAGCCGCCGGUCUCGUCGUGCUAGGCACCGGCUUCGCCCUGCGCCGGAUGUCUGGCGCAUACGCUGAACGAGAGCAAGCCCAGAAGCGGGUGCCCUCGAACUUGUACGUUUCGGUUGACCGGAGCGGGGGGGGCAUUUAA